AUGGACAUUGACCCUGACAAUGAUGGUGGUGAACAUGAGGGAAUAUCGACAGAAAUGGUCAGAAAUAUGAUUGCGCAUACUCAUAAAUAUUGUGAUAUGCUUAUUGAUGACGAUCCCCUCUUAGAAGGAUCUAUAAAUAAUCUAAAGAAUGCGAAAAAUUAUGAAGAAGAAGAAAAUGAAGAUGAAGCUGAUGAUAUCAAUAUCGAAAUAGAUGAUAACAUUAAAUAA